GGAGGCCGAAUCGCGCAAACCACCUCGACAAACGCCGUAACGUCGCCGACACCAGCGCCGAUAUUCAAGAUGCCCAACCAAGCCAAGCACACCAGCCGGGCGGCGGGCAAGACCGGCGGCCGCUCUGCCAUCUCGGACGUCGUCGCUCGCGAGUACACCAUUCACCUGCACAAGAGGGUGCACGGUAUCUCUUUCAAGAAGCGGGCCCCGAGAGCCAUCAAGGAGAUCCGGUCUUUCGCUGAGAAGGCUAUGGGCACCACCGAUGUCCGUCUCGACCCUCAGUUGAACAAGAAGGUGUGGGAGUCUGGUGUCAAGGGCGUUCCUUUCCGCCUCCGGGUCCGCAUCUCGCGGAAGCGUAACGACGAGGAGGGUGCCAAGGAGAAGCUCUACAGCUACGUCCAGGCUGUCAACGUGAAGAACCCCAAGGGUCUGCAGACGACCGUCGUCGAGGACGCAUAAAUCUGACGCUUUGGUUUCUUGCGGUUUGAGAUAGUGGGCUGGCUAUGGAGGGGAGUUCGUUCGUCUAUCGGCUCUGGGCUUGUGUCUUUGCUGCUCAAGCCGCCUAUGGCUUUGGCCAUCUGUAGUCAUCUUUCACGAAAAAAUGAAGAAGCAUUGACACAAACAACUCUGAUGAGGCGCACACCGCUUGGAAGUGACGAAGUGUGGGAAACACGUGAAAAGAUACCUCUUUUUAUUACCCCGAAAUUGUCCCCGAAAAUACACCACCCAGCGCAGAUACCGGGAUCUAUCGAUGAGAGAUCUAGUCUACAUACAACGAGAUUUGAAUCUAUGUGAUUGCAGGAAUAUGCAUGGUUCUGGUCUGAAACUUUCCCCUGCUCAUUCUUCGCUCUUGAUCGAAUAUGCAGAAGCCUUCAUACUUUCCUUCCCU